UAUGUAGCAUGUAUUUUAAAUUAAUGCUCUUCCUGACUCUGAUUUCAGAAAUAUGAAGCCAUAUUCUCUGCCUGCGACCACAUCGUCUUCACGGUGUUUCUUUUGGAGAUGCUUCUGAAGUUGUUUACUGGCUUCAGGAUUUUCUGGAAGAACUCAUGGAACCUGCUGGACUUUGCGAUCACCGUGGUUCUGAUUGCAGGGCCCAGGACCUCGUCUGAGUUUGACAACAGGGUCAUCAUAAUUCUGCAACUGAUUCGCAGCUUCAGGUUUUUUGGAUACACCACAGGAGGCUCUGUGAUCACCCAUGCUUUGGCAGACUCUAUUUUUGAACUCAUCAAUGUCUUCCUGCUUCUUGGAGGCAGCAUGGUGCUGUUUGGACUGAUUGGAGUGCUGCUGUUCAGAACUUCUGUCCCAUCUGCCUUUGCUGAUUUACCUACGGCGCUCUUCACGCUGUUCGUCAGCGUCACCCAAGAUGGAUGGAAUGAAAUCCAAAAAAAGUUUGAACAUGGUGAUCCAGCAAUUAUGUAUGGUGCCAUGGUGUAUUUCGUCGUAUUCAUCUGUGUUGGUGCCUUCGUCUUUGCGAACUUCGUUAUUGCCGUCAUCAUCACUCACCUACACAUAGCGACAGAAAAAUAUGAAGGUUCCUCUAUGACGAACACAGAAGAUCAAGCCACCGAUGGGGACAUCACCCACGUUGAAGAGGUCGUCAAAAACACAAAAAUGACCACACAUCAAAGACCUCGGAUCGGCUGCCGUCUCGACAACCUCAACGUGGAGAACUUUGAAAAUCUGCUCUUAGUCGGUGAUGCGAUACACAGGAACCAGAGGGAAUAUCUGAAGCUGCAUCUGGAGCUAGAACAGAUUUUGGAGGAAGUCAGCAACCUGCCCAUAAACAGAAAGCAGGAAGAGGAGGUGAUGCUGCAAAGCCAGGCAGCUGCCUCUGUGGAGGAGAACAUCUUGAGCAGUAAAAUCACCUCUGGCCGCACUGGCGAUGUGCUGUCCACACUUAUCGCCCUGGAGAAGGCCCACAUUAUCGACUCCAGCGCAGACACGCCUCAGAUCUACGCUAAGGGCUUCGUCCGGGAAGGCGUAAGGAGAAUGUCCAUGGCUGCCGUCGAAUCGCGACGUAUGUCGGUCGUGUGA